ACAGGGACGCCAUGUUGGCAGUGGUGAAUUUGCUGUAAUGAAUGGCUCCAAGUCUGCAUUUUGGAGUUUUUUUCUUUUCUUUUUUUUUUUUUUUUAAAUCAUUAAAUGAAAUUAGUUCCUAGAAAAAAAUUCAAUACUUCGAAAGUUAAGGAAAUUUUAAAAUGUUUUUAUUGGUCUUGUGGGAAUGUAACCUGUAUAGCAUGUUGAUAAUAUACAAUAUGCAGUAAUCUUUUUCCUUUUGCAUGUUUUGUCAUGCAUGUUGUGAUUUGAAGAACUUUAGUGCAAACUUUGAAUGUUAAAAACUGUUACAGUCAGUGUGUUUCAAUGUGUGUGUUUUACAUUCUUUAACCUUUCAUUUUACUUUAGAACAUUCAUGAUGGAAAUGCUUAUUACAUUUGCACAGCUGGUGAUCUUUCCAAACUCUGGCCUUUCUGGCCUGUACCUACCGUUUUUGGGUUUUUUUUGGAUGACGAGUGAACUAGUACUGUGCGUUUGUAGCCUACUCUGUUACAUCCCCAAUACAUGUCUUUUCUUUGCAUCUCAAUUCGAAACAAUGGCAUCAAUGAUAACCCCAUAUAGUCCUAAUCUUUCAACUCGGUAACCUUAAGUACAAUGAUCGUGAGAGUGCCUGUAUAAUAUAUCCUAUAAUAUAUUUUGUUUACCGUGAUGUGGUCUUUAUUUUUGCUUUAAUUAAGAUGUGGUAUUAACACAAAAAAGCUUUUAAUCUAGCCUGUCUUGUUGGUUCAUACACCACGUUAUUGGAUGCACUUUUGCCACCACGGUUGAAUCAUUGUUUUCGGUCUUAAUAUGUUGUCAAUAUCGACAGUAGCAGUAAUUUGCCUUUGACAUUAAACUAUUUUUAGUCUACUGUCUGUUGCAUCCAGUAGGUGGCGCAGUGGAUAGCUGGGGGUCGUGAAGAUGAAGAGAGGCGGGGUUUGCGCUCUGUCGUAGGUUAGUGGAGGCUGCAGGAGCACCACCGAUGUUCAUCAUAUCCUCCUCUGUAUUUUCGUGUUAGGACCGUUCUCUCCCUCCAUCUAUCCGGCUCUGGUAAGGACUCGCUCCCGGACCAAGAAUAAAUCUUACCAAGAGGAGAAUAACAUCAGAAAAGUGUUUCAAAAUGCUGGCAUGCACUGAAAUGAUCACCAUGUGUCUCCAAUCUGCCAAACAAGAACAUUUACGAAAGCAGCAACUGGACCACAACCAUAAUCAAGGCAUCGCUAUUUUUCAGGAUAUAUUCCGACGGGCAGACAAGAAUGAUGACGGUAAGCUGUCCAUGGAGGAGUUUCAUUCCUACUUCACUGACGGUAUCCUGACCAAAGACCAGAUGCAGGAGCUGUAUUACUCCAUUGACCGGCAGCGCUCUGAGAACCUGGACAUUGACCAGCUCUCAGAGUACUUCAGUCCACACCUGGGUGAAUAUGUCAAUGUCCUCUCUGCACUGGAAAAGCUCAACGUGGCCAUUCUAAAAGCCAUGGACAAAACUAAAGAGGAGUACCAGGGUUCAUCAGUGCUGGGGCAGUUUGUGACUCGCUUCCUGCUCAGAGAGACCUCCACUCAGCUGCAGUCGCUGCAGUCGUCCCUAGACUGUGCCAUGGACGGAGUACUGGACCAGAGCGGGUCAGGCCGGAGGGUGGUGAGGAAGCCUGAAGAUCUGCCCAUCCUGAAGAACAACAAACGCCCUGGGAGACGCAUCCAGAAGAACAUGUGCCUGUCCCCCACUGAUCCCUACUCCGGCAUGCUCACCACAGGGGUGAGUGUGGAGCCAGAGAACCCCUGGGGCUCUCAGAUGGACCGACUUGAGCAGCUCGUUGACAAACUGGACUGUGAGACUCCACAACUUGAACCUCUGCAAGAAGACACAUUAGCGGGGACGUACAAAUCAAACAUCCUGUUGGUUCAGAGACAAAUGUCAGUGAAGGAGAAAGAGGUUGACCAGUUUCAAGAAGCUCUAAAAAUCUACACAGAAGCCACCAGCAGCCAACCAGAAAACUUGCACGUUUCCAUCCAAAACCUACCUGACAGAUCCUGCUUUAUCAUGUACGAGUUUUGGCAAGACCGUCUCUCCUGGAUGAGCUACCUGCAGUCGCCCAUCAGUAAGACUUUCCAGCGCUGUGUUAUCGACUCACUGGAGGAGCCCGAGAUGGUGUCUACAAUGCUGCUCCCAGCCUCUUGGUGGAUCAUGAACAACAACAACUGACAAAGCCCAGAUUGGAGGCUGCAUCUGGGCACAUCUUGAACCAACAGGAGACUUCUACUCCUCCUUUCUGUUGUAUUUUCUUUCUUUGAGAUCCCUUUUUCCUCACGGCAUGACUGGAAUUGGGUCAUAAAACAAGAUGUGGCUCGGAUGAAUCAGCAGAUAGACAGUGAAAAGAGCGGAGGUAAUGCAAUACUAGCCAUCAGGAUGUUCUACUGUAUAGUCGUGUUUCCAUGGACACAAAGAACUUCAAAUGUCCCCAACAAAUGUAACAUGUUUAACUAAAUAAAAAAGUUUGGUGUGGUUAAUUUAAUAUAACACAAUCUACGAAUCUACAGAUUUAAAAGAAAAGUAUAGAGUGUGCCUUUAGGUUUAUCAGUCUUACACAUACAAACUAAAAAAGUGCAAUAAACUAGGACUAAACCCAGAAGUAAUACACCCAUAGAGUGAACUGGCUGAAUAGGUUUCAUUUUAUUGAGACUUGAGAUCACUUUAGUUUCACUGUUACGGGUUGUGUUCACUUUUAAUAAUUUGAUGUCAUUAUUUCAAAUGGAGGACAGGAGCCUAUGUGACUGUGGAAGAUUCACUGUUUUUGAAAGAAAUAUCCAAACUUACGCUCCACUAACUUGCUAUAAUAAUCUUAUGGCUCACAGCUAUCACAUGUUUGUUGCUGAAUAAUGGCACCACAUUUUAAAGCUAUCUUGAGAAUAAAUCUGCUUUUGUUCAUUUAUGCAGACAGAGAAGACAUUGAAGUUUUUGUUUCAUGUGGAUAAUCUGAGUAAGUACUGAAAUAUGAACCAUAAAACAGGUGAACAAAUCUGCGAUAUAUUAGCUAAACCUGUCCUCAAGCCCGCAAAGGCAGUAUAUUGAAAAAGUUUUAGAUGUCAAACUGACUGCUGAAAGUUUUCCUAGCUUGAACCAAAAUUACCAAUAUAAAAUUUCCUUCACUAAACCAGCUAGUUCAGCUGUGCGACAGAUAAAAACAUUUUGGUGAAUAGCCUUUUGUGCACAGAAAUGUCAAAAACAAAAUGGGACCUGCAUUUGAAAAACAAUAGGAAAACACGACUAGUAUUUGUUUUUAGCUUGAGAGCACAGACAUUUUCCUGUAACACAAUAAGAUUUUUUAAAUGCAUGGUUUUAUCAAUGCUAGUUUCUUUUUCAUCUUAGUGUAUAUAUUGUAACAGUCUGUCUAUCCAUCACUGGCUGUUCAGUAGAUAAUGAGAAGUAGUGCAUUUCCCUUCUUCUAUGUGAAACUGUUGGCUAUUUCAAACCUUUAUUUUUACUUAAGACUUUUUUGUUUGAAGGGUCACAUGUCAUGGUAAACAUUCAAAAGAAGAAAACUUUAUUUAUCUGUGUUUCACUGCAGCACUUUAGAGAAACAGAUAAAUGGACCUAAUUAGAAAGUAGAUUUAAGGCAGAGAUUUUAUGUAGAUCGUGUAUUAAAAUAUUAAAAUAGUAAAAGUAUAAAAUGUAUUGUAUAAAUUAAGAAUUCAAAUGUAGCGAGAUAUUAUUAUAAUUAUAAGAAAUAGCCAGAAUUAUUAAAACAAGCAAUUAUUUAUUUUAAUCUAUGUGUUCAGGAAGGUUCAAAGGCACAGUGUACACACUUUGAGAAGCUAUUAGGUUAAUACUAAAGAUAAGGUGUACAGUUAGAGUGAGAGAUAUGAGGUGUUAGUCUGUGUUGUUUGGUGACUGUAGCUCGACCAUGAAAUUGCGUG